GCCAGCUAGGCACAGGCCUGUGUCUGUGCUAUUUCCUCUCUAGUUCUAUUUAGUUUACUCGGGUUGGGUUUUGUUGGAUCGUUACCAGUUGAUGUGUGUGCGUCUCACGACAACGACUAACCGCUAUGGUAUAAGCAAUAAUAAUAAAUCGAAAAGUCGGCGUUAAAACGUGGAAAGCCAUGGUCUGGCUGUUAGCCGUGCUGUGCAGCGACGCCGCCUGUUGUUAUCGGCCCGAUUAUCAUUGCCGCUAUCACAAUUGCGACAGUAAUAGCAGCAACGGCAAUAGUGAAAGUGGCAACCAUUUGCGUCGUCAUCAUCAUUACCAUCACCUUCAGCAGCAGCAACAAAAGGAGCCCAACGAUGGCUGCAGCUGUGUCCAGUAGACACGCUGACGCGUGACAAUGGAGACUGCGGAUCGACGUACGGACGAUUGGUAACGUUUGAUGAUGAUGAUGAUGAUGAUGAUGAUAAUGAUGACGGUGCUGAUGAUGAGAAUAUUAAGGAUUCUAGUUUUUUGAUAUCGAGCGUCGCGUCGUCUCUGUUAAGUGUCAAAACGAAGAAAGAAAAGCCAAGUGGAUCUUGAGCGGCCGCCGCAUUCUGAUCUGAUCGUGUUUGUUUUACCUUGUGGGAGCGAAAGUGGAUAGCAGUGGUACAAUGUGCGAUUGUUCGUUACUUACGUAAGGAUUGAUGAAACGAAGCAGAGUUGUCCGGGUUUCCUACACCUGCGACAAGAAGACGAUUUAACGUGUUUCAACAAUCAUAUCCGGUGUUCUUCAUGUGAGAUCGUGAGACAACAAAAGUGCUGGUUCGUUGGUGACCAAAAAUAGUAAUCAUCAUCAUCACCACCACCACCACCACUACCAUAAUUAUUUCUAUGGAUAACGCAAGAUAAUACCUAUAUCUAUAGAGAGAGAGAGAGAGAGAGAGUGUGUGAUUACGCUGAGGACAGAAAGUUUUCGACGCCCACAACAGAUAACGAUCCUACUACGACAAGUACAGAUUUCACGCGUGGAUAACUAAAGCCUACAACGUACCCGCCGGCAGCGCCAAGUAUGACACGCCGGCCGGUAACCGAACUAUUACCAGCUUUAAUCUUGCUGCUCGCUUGCAGUACGUCGGUGUCGCGGACCUAUGCGGCCAAAAAAGUGGUGCUCCUGGACACGACGACGGAGACAUCCCUAGAAUGGACGCGAUAUCCGUACGGGCCGCAAGCCCGAACUCCUGGCUGGGUCGAGGAAUCAUUUACGGAUUUCGAGAAAGGCAUCAACUGGCGGUCGUACGUCGUUUGUGAUGUCGCGUACCGCGAUGUCAACAACUGGUUAUGGACACCAUUGAUCGAGCGCAGCAAUGCUUCCCGCAUCUAUAUCGAGCUACAGUUUUCAAUGCGAGACUGUUCACUCUUUCCUGGGAUGGCCGUCAGCUGUAAGGAAACGUUUUCGCUACUCUACUACGAGAUAGAUGAGGGCUCCCGAGAAACGCCGCCGUGGGAACCCGAAAGCUACAAACUUAUCGACCGGAUCGCAGCAGACGAAGGACGCUUCACCUCGACGAGUGAAGUUAUCAUCAACACAGAGGUACGUUCUAUUCCGGUGACGAAGCGCGGUGUAUACUUCGCCGUGCGUGACGAGGGCGCGUGCCUGUCGCUCAUCGCACUGCGAGUCUACUACAUUACGUGCCCAAACGUGACGCUCAAUCAUGCCUUCUUCCCAGAGACGCCUACGGCGGCAGAUAUCACGGCGAUCGUGGCGCAAGAGGGCCGCUGCGUGUCUAACGCACAGAUGGUCGAAACCCCGAGACUCGUCUGCAAAGGUGACGGCGAAUGGACCCUGCCCACCGGCGGCUGCAAAUGCCGACCCGGUCAUGAGCCGGCUGGACAUGAGUGCAGAGCGUGUCCACACGGAAUGUUCAAAUCGACGGUUGGCGACGCUCCCUGUCAGCCGUGUCCACGUAACAGUGAAGCACUGAUCGAAGGUUCUCCCGAGUGUCAGUGCAUCGAAGGCUUCUUCCGUUCACCCAGCGAUCCAAAGUCAAUGGCGUGUACCCAGCCGCCUAGAGCGCCCCAGAAUCUCACGUUUGCGUUUGUUGAUCAGAGCACCGUAAUUCUAGUGUGGAACCAACCGAGAGAUGAUGGCGGGCGACGCGAUACAACAUACCGUGUGCGCUGUGACGCGUGCGGUGCCCAAGCAACCUAUACGCCCGCUCAGAGCGGAUUUAACGAAACGCGCGUGACGGUGUCAGGUCUUAGUCCUGUGACUCGCUAUCGCUUUGAGGUGUUCGCCGAGAACGGUGUUACGCCGGUUGCUGGAGAAGAACUGCGCAAGGCAGAAAUACUUGUUCGUACCGAGCCAUCAGUGGCAUUCGUCAUCAAGAAGGUCUUCGCUCGACCUGUGCGUAUAAACGAAAUCAUGCUCAACUGGGACCCGCCGAAGAGUGCAAGUAGCAGUACUGACACUACAAUAGAGCGUUACGAGAUUCGCUACUUUCCGCGGAAGUUCUCAAAGAACGAAACGAUCGUUCAGACAAAUAUGACACAGAUUUCCAUUGGCAACCUCAUGGCAAACACCGAAUACGGCUUCCAAGUGCGCGUUCGCACGCAACGAGGUUUUGGCGAAUACAGCGAGGCAUUGUACCGUACAACGGGAAUCCAACAGGGCUCACCCUUGGCGGGAAUCGGUGGCAUGAGCGGUUCGGCAUCGGUCGGGGGUUCCGGCCAUUCAGGCUUGCGCCAGUCAGAAGGAGCUACUGAUUCUAGUACCAGUGGUCAAGUGACCGUGAUCGUCGGCUUGUCUGUUGUCGUAGUAAUUGUCAUCAUUGCGUUAGUAGUGGCCUUCCUUUACGUGAAAAGGAAUAAUGAAGAGUGUAAUAAGAAACAGCCAAGCGACUGUGACACUCUCGAGUAUCGGAACGGGGAAGGUAAGAAAAUGGUGGAUCAAGGGCCCCUGGUGCAGACAACGCCUCUCUUUACCACGCCGCUAUUCACGAACUGUGGGACGAUUGGCAGUCGAUCAUACGUUGACCCACAUACUUAUGAAGACCCACAGCAAGCUAUGCGAGAGUUCACUCGCGAGAUUGACCGAGAAGCCAUCAGCAUCGAGGACGUGAUUGGGGCAGGCGAGUUCGCAGAUGUGUGUCGUGGGCUGCUGCGACAGACCACGCAGCGUGGCGAAGUACGGCUAGUUCCCGUUGCCGUUAAAACUCUGAAGCAAGGCAGUACCGAAAAGGCGCGCAACGACUUCCUCACCGAAGCGACGAUCAUGGGCCAGUUCGACCAUCCAAAUGUCAUCUACCUCGAGGGCGUAGUCACACGAACAUCACCCGUCAUGAUCAUCACCGAGCUCAUGGAGAACGGAUCUCUAGAUCAAUACCUUCGAGAUAAUAAGGGCCAAUUCAACAUGAUUGAGCUGGUCGCCAUGUUGCAUGGCAUCGCCUCAGGCAUGCAGUAUCUGUCGUCAAUGAACUUUGUUCAUAGAGAUUUGGCCGCACGCAACGUACUCGUUAACGCCGAGCUCGUGUGUAAAAUUGCCGAUUUCGGUCUCUCGCGCGAAAUCGAGUAUUCUGCAUAUUCUGGCAGUAAGGGCGAAUAUCGAACAUCGGGCGGAAAGAUCCCGGUACGAUGGACAGCGCCGGAAGGCAUCCAGUUCCGAAUCUUUACAACGGCCAGUGACGUCUGGAGUUUCGGCAUCGUCUGCUGGGAGGUCCUAUCGUUGGGCGAGCGGCCCUAUUAUAACUGGCCAAAUCAGGAUGUCAUUAAAAAAGUGGAAGACGGCUAUCGGCUGCCUCCACCCCGCGACUGUCCUGAGGCUUUGCACAUGCUCAUGGUCGAUUGUUGGCGGUCCGAUCGGACACUUCGACCAAGCUUUACUAGUAUUGUAGGCACCCUCGAAGGUCUUCUUAAACAACCAGGCACACUUCGACGACUGGCCGUCAACAACAACAAGCAGCAGCAUCAACUUCUGCAAGGCGGUGGAGCUUGCCACCAACGUUCACAGCAUAGCUCGACGCUACAGCUCAACAAUGUAGGCGUUGCAGGGUCCGGCCUGAGUGGUAUGGUUAGCCUAGGAACCCAGCCCCACAGUAGCAUGCAGCAUCUUCAGCAACAGCAGAGCGCCAUCUAUGGCUGUACGCCGAAUUCAGUAACGUUAGGCGGUGCGCACUCCACGAUGCAGCUGCAUCAUAACGCAGCCAACGCGCGUUCAGUGGAAGAAUGGCUCACAAUGAUUAAAAUGUCACGCUACCUUGAUCAUUUUCUACGUGGAGGUUUCACUACCCUUGAAUCAGUUGCGCACCUAAGUCAUUCGGACUUGGUUCGGAUCGGCGUCCAGCUCGUCGGCCAUCAAAUCAAGCUACUCAACGAAGCCGAACAGUUGCGAGCAGGACGUCAGGCAGGUGCUCAUGACCUCAAAAGUCAACAAGGACAUGAUGGCUUCCUUGUAUGAAAAGAAGAAAUACAAGGCACUGUUUUCUGCCGGCGCACAUUGGUCUCAACCGAAUACAUCGAAUAUAGAGAAAUAGCCGCACUGGAGAUUAGCGCGAAUAUAUAAAUGAUAAUAGUGAACUAAUCACAUACGAUAAUUGCCCGCUUAAAGCAUACGCGGUCAGGCUAAGGGGUCACAUGAAGGGGCGUAGAGGCAAUUGGGGGGAGCAACACGUCAUCAACGACAGAAAAAAGGUUGCCGAAGGAAGCUGACGUUGCUCAAUGAAUAUACAGCACGGGUUAGAAGACGCGGAAGUACGUUAAAAUGCAACUAAAUAUAAGGCAGAUUAAGGUGACGACUGUGCAGAUUUCGCAAAUGCAUUGGCUGUAUGGGCUUGUAGUCUUCGAAAUGCUUGGGCGUAUGGCCCAUGGCCAAAAAAAGGGCACCGUACUGCUCACGGUCGAGCUAUGCUGGCGUCCUAAUCGGACAAAAAAAGCUCGCUGGCCCGACGAACACAAGGCGGAUAGACUCUAGCUACACACAACGACAAGACUGAUGCAAAGUCACAUUCCUACAUAAACAGAGAUAAUGAAAAAUAAUAACACACAGGGAAAAAGGGAACGAAACGCGCAAGAACGCAAAAGUGAAAGGAAGAUUGAAUGAAAGAACAUUACCAUGCCGAUAGUGGUCAUGAUAGCUGAUGAGGGCCUUAGUCGACCACCGAUUGGCUUUGGUUAAAAGCUCAGCCGAGUCUGCUAUGGUCGUCAGGACAAAUUGUGUUUAGGCGUACCAAAAACAUCGGAUUCCUGUCGCGAUGACUGACCGACGUCAAGGCAGACACCCUCAUCCGCGCAUUAACAGCGUGCGAUCAAGCCCAGCAAUCGAAUGGUGUUAGCUAUACAUAUAUAUAUAUAUAUAUAUAUAUAUAUACACACAUAUAUAUAUAUAUGUAUAUACAUAUAUAUAUAUGUGUGUGUGUGAAAAGAGCGGAUCUAGUAUAUAGAGUACAUAAAAUAGAAUCGAGGAAAUGAUGCGAGGUUUGAUCUUUAGACGCAAAGGAGGAUUGGUAGCGGCGGGUAGAAGAACACCUCCCGGAUCCCCCUGCUCUGGGAUCGACUGCGGCGGAAUAAAUGAGGUAAUUUAUCGAGACUAAUAUUUAACAGAGUGUACUAGCCGCUGCAUAGAUGAAACACGUAGUGGAAUUGCAUGGUAUUUAGCUGUUAACGAAUGCUUGAGUCAAAUGGAAUGGAGUUAUUUGCAAAAACGAGCGAGAUUGAUAAAAACGUAAGGCAAGCAAUGAAAGGAAUUGUUUCAGGGGGUAAAAGAGGAAUGCUUCGUACUGCUGCUACUCUGGAUCACACGUGAUCUAUGAUAUGUAUUUUAGCAAAGGAUAAGAAAUCGAGGAAAGAAUGAACAAUAUAAAACGUCAUUAACGCAUACAUUAGAAGAGAUAUAUUUAUCAAAAACAAAAGAACAUAUAUUGAGCAACACUGUUAUAUGGGCCACACACACAAAUGCACAUCGAUGUAUUGUUGGUGACCCGCUGUACUUGGGCGGCCACCAUGUUCAGCUGAGAUCUGAAGCCAAUAAAUAAUGACAAUAACCAAUAAAUUAGCAACAUGUUGACCAGAAUGUAGCCCCUUCCCGACCUGAUGCCCCCCGUCAAGGAGGAAGCGCAUUGGACUGGCUAAAAAAAAUGUUUACAAAUCAACCCAGAUGCAGAGACACAUCCCAGUAAGCACUGCAUUGCAAAAUACAGAUGUACUGUACAUACAUACUAGCCGUUAUAUAUAUAUAUAUAUAAAGCACGACUGCUAAUUAAACCAACAAUUAUUAUUACCGAUUAAGAUAAUGAUGAUGCUGAGCAGUAAUCCUGUAAUAACGACAGACAACGAGACAUGUGAUUUACGUGAGGAAAGAAUGAGUAAAUCCGAAGGUCAUGAGGUAAAAUGCGCGUUCUCGCCCUGUUUUUCCCCACGAGAAUGAAAGCAGAGCACUUCUUGCCAGCCACAGUCGUGCAAAUGUGUCAACUACUAAAGAAAUACCUCCUAAUUGUCGAUUUUUAAAGGUAGCGCAUGCGGUACCCAAUAAUUGUUGAGAUGACUCACAGAGAGAUGAGUUGUACUUAAGAGCGUAAUUGUUGAAGCCUGAACACGUCUAUCCAUUCGAUUUUGAUUUUCAAACAUACUUUUCUCCUUGGAUGUAGAAAUCUAUCUACCUCGUUUUUUUUCCUUUCUCUGAGCAUCAGGCCAUCAUGGAAGCGUCAAGGCGUUUACAUUCUGGUCAUCAUGGUCUUCGUUAGUGUACAUAUCUGACAAUAUUAUUGACGAUGAUGGCGAGUAAAGCAAUGGGGUGACAAUGAUGAUUUAAUUUAAAAGAAUACAGUAUAUGAAGUAAAUUCACAAACGGCAACAAAUGUGUUUGUUUCUAACAAAGGAAUAGUAGCUAGGGAAAAAGUUCUCUAGCGGGGCCACGACCACAAGACACAGUGUCAACAACACAUAUCAGUCAAUUAUGCCAACAACAUUGUAAAAGCAUGAUACUGAGCAGCACUGUUCGGGCGAUGACUUCAUCGAUUACUUAAUUUAUCGUCAUUGUUUGAGGUACUAGCGAAAAAGGCUCAAUUUUAAAGCGCGUCGACGCGCUUAUACAUGCGACAAUGUACCGUAAACGCACUUCGCGCGAUACCAUUUAACAUAAUUUUAUGUCGCAUCACCUCUCAAAUAAUGUUUCACCGGUCAGUGUUCCUGAGGACUGUGCAAUAUUGUUAGCCAUAUGGUGGGUCACUUGGACUUUGACCACUGGCUUCAUUUCAUUACAGCCUUUAUGUUCCAGCUUGUAGCAUAUCUAUAGAGGUAUUUAUUUCUGCAGUCUUACUUCUGCUUUCCUCGUUCGUCUUAAAUCUAUCAAAAUUUAGCAAUUUUAGAAAAAUAAACACGUGUAUAAUGCUAUGUAUAUGUGUAUAUAUGGCUCCAAAAUCGAUUGGUAAACGAAAUCAAAAUAUUCCUCUAUUUGAAACUUCAAAGUUUGUCGUCGAUUAGAUGCUCACUAAGUGUUUCUGUAGAUUUAUGUAUAUAUUCUCUAUAUCGAAAUGCUGCUAACAAAAUCACAAUGAAGUCGAAAUGACUCACCAGUACCAUGACGCGUUCCAGGAAAGAAAAUUUACCAUGGCUAUUUAGCAUAUGUAUAUUUAAUAAACAACUUUCAAAUAUUUGUGAGGUGAUGCUGGGUACUCGGGUCGCGAAUGUGUUCCCUCGCAAGUGACCCAGCGGUGACCGCUGUUCUAACUGAGGCGAAAUAGUGGAACCCGAAAAUGUUGGAAGCGAAAGCCAACAUGAUGAGAACGUAUUGACAAACGCGGAAAUGGCCGAUUGUUGAAGCUAACUUUCGUUCCGCACAAGAAAACGUCUCCCGCUAUAAUAAGGUGGAGGAACUUGUAUUAUAAUUAGUUGUACAUAAACCGUGUAUAUAGAAUAAUAAUUAUACCAAUGCAAUGGAACGCAAAACGAUGAUAACAACAGUAACAUUAACGAAAAACCAGGCCGCCGUAAAUAGGGACUUAACCGGCUAAGCUGGUCGAAGAGACGGAAAAAACUAAUUGGCGGAUAGAAAGUUGAUUGUAAGUGAAAGUAAAUUAUUUCGGUUGAGAAAAAAAAUCAUCAAUACACAUACAAAUAGAAACUGGUCCGAAAUGUCAACGUGGGUAUAGACGAGGACGGGGCAAACAAAUGAAGCAUACGACGAUUUAUUAAGUACUACUAAUAAUAACAAUAACGAAAUGAUGGUCGUAACGACGAGACAAGGCGAAGCUAAUGAGUGAAGCUAGAGAUAAUAAUAAUAAUAAUAAUAAUAAGUAAUAAUAAUAAUAAUAAUAAUAAUAAUAAUAAUAAUAAUAAUAAGUAAUAAUGAAAACAAUUAAAUGAUGGCGAAGUGCAGAUUAUAUACAAGAUGCAAGACAGAAAAUAUGGACGAGAACAUUGAAGGGGGCUGAGGUUUGGGUGUAUUCAAGCCAAGCAUAAGCCACUUCAAAAGGUAACUAUGAGUAAACCUGCUCCCAGACGGGAGCUUAUACUUCAACUAACUUGGUUAAUGGAAUAGUGGCAGAUGUCAAGCAAGUACUCUCUGGCACCAGGGACUUCAAGUUACUUCCCACAUUGCCAGCAAAAGCCGCAGAAAGUGUUCCGUCACUUUGGUUGUAUAUAUGUUUUCCACCGGCUUUGUUUGGUAAGAAUAAAUUACGAUUAACAAAAACUA